AUUAUCUCCCCUGACAAAACUCAACUCACACUCUUUCACAAUAAAUCAGCCUAUCCAAUCUACAUGACCUUUGGCAAUCUACUCAAGGACAUAUGCAAGAAGCCCUCUCAGCACUCACAGAUCCUGAUUGAGUAUCUCCCUACAACUCAACUUGAUCACUUCACCAACAAUGCAGCAUGUCACCGUGCCAUGAGCAACCUCUUCCACAGUUGUGUUCACAAGAUCCUGGAGCCACUGAGAUGUCAUGGCAAGGAAGGAUUGGCGAUGGUCAGUGGAGAUGGUAUCUGGUGGUGCUGUCACCCAAUCUUGGCCAUACUCAUGGGGGAUUAUCCAGAACAGUGCUUAGCUACAUGUACCCUCUUUGGUGACUGCUCAAAGUACACAGUGCCCCACAAUAAGCUCAGAGAUCACAUACAUUACAUGGCCCACAACCUCAAUGAUGUGCAAGACCUUCUUGAUCUUGCUGAUGAAGAUCCAGCAUCAUACAAUAGUGCCUGUCAUAACGCUUGCAAUAAGCCAGUUUAUCACCCCUUCUGGGAGGCAUUUCCUUAUGGAAACAUAUUUAUUGCCAUCACAUCUGACAUCCUGCACCAAGGCUAUCAAGGGAUUGUCAAACACCUCGUCAUCUGGCUCAAUGAUGCUUCCGGUGUCGUGGUGAGGAAUGGUUUCUCCCCUAGACACGAUCGGGGUUUCCUGUUUUUCCGGAUGUACCUAGUGUUCGUUUGA